AUGUCUCCUGGCCAAAGCGAGAUAAACAAGCUAAAAGAAGUUUUAAAGAAACUCCCACAAGAAAAAAAUGAAGAAAAGAAAAGAGAGGUGCUGAAGAAGGUAAUAGCGUACAUGACCCUCGGGGUCGACGUAUCAAAGCUAUUUCCGGACAUCAUAAUGAUAUCAAACACAAAUGAUAUAAUACAGAAAAAAAUGAUAUACCUCUAUCUAAAUAACUAUGCAGAGACCAACUCGGAACUGUCCCUACUCACCAUAAACACCCUGCAAAAGGACAGCAAAGAUGACGACCCCAUUAUAAGGGGGCUUGCCUUACGGAGUUUUUGCAAUUUGCGAAUUAAUAAUUUGUUUGAGUAUAUAGAAGGGCCUUUAUUUAACGGAUUAAACGACAAAAAUUCCUACGUUCGAAGAAUCGCCAUAAUCAGUUGUGUCAAGCUGAUUAAAAUGAACCCACAGAUAGCUAUAAAAAACGAUGUCAUACAAAUUCUGAAAAAUAAACUGCUGGACAAAGACUCACAGUGUAUAAUAAACGCAGUACAUGCAUUAAACGAAAUAUUAGUAGAUGAAGGAGGAUUAAAAGUAAAUAAAGAAAUAAUUUUUAACAUGCUAAACAAAAUAUCUACCUUUAACGAAUGGGGAAAAUGUGUUGUUCUAAAUAUCGUAAGUACCUACAUUCCAGAAAACGAAGACGAAAUGUAUGACAUUAUGAACAUAUUAGAAAAUCACAUAAGAGAUUUUUCCUCCGCUGUAUUUCUAUCGUGUUUAAAAUGUUUUUUAAAUUUCUCUUCCAAUGAUACAAAUUUACAAAUUCAAAUUUUUCAAAGGAUGAAGGACCCUUUACUUACUUUAAUUUCCACCUCUUCUUACGAAAUUUCUUACAUCGUUUUGUUGCAUACCAAUUUGUUAUUACACGAGGCGAAUAAACUGAACUACAACAUAUUCGAGUAUGACUACAAGCACUUCUUUUUUCGAUAUAAUGAUCUUACCUACAUAAAGGACAUUAAGUUAGACAUACUCGUGUCCGUGGCGACCAAGAACAACUUGGUGAUGAUAACAAACGAAUUGAGUGAGUACAUCUGCGACCAGAAUGCGGACAUCGCGCAAAAGGCCAUUUACUCCAUCGGGUGUAUAGCGCUGAAAAUACCAAAGGCAGUUUCCAAAAUAGUAGAAUUAGCCCUGUCUUCCUUUCUCCCCAUGAGCCAUUCCUACAUUUGUAGCGCCACGAUAGAAAUGCUAGCCAACAUACUGAGAAAGUAUGAAGAAUACACCAAGGUAAUCAUUGAAGAAAUUAUAAAACAUGAUAACAAACUGAUAGACAAUGAUGGAAUCAGAUCCUACAUUUGGAUUAUCGGAGAAUAUUCAGAAUACAUAGAAAAUGCACCCUACAUUUUGGAAGAAUAUGUCAAUUUGACCGAUUGUUCCUAUAUAUUUAUGUUGGAGUUGUUGACAGCGUGUGUGAAGGUCCUAUAUAGGAGACCUUCAGAAAUGGUAGUUAUUCUCGCCUCCCUUUUUGAUAACAUUUUAAAAAAUUAUAAAUACCCGGAGCUUACGGACAAAGUGUACUUUUAUUACAAACUGCUAAGUUAUAAUUAUGAAGAAGCCUUCAAAAUUAUCGUGUGUAAAAAAAAACUAGUAAAAAAUUUCUGCGAAUCGAAUGAAAAUAUUUUAUUGGACAAAUUGUUCAAUGAAUUUAAUACCCUGUCUGUACUGUAUAAACAGCCUAUAUACAAAUUUGUGGAAUAUUCUAAAAUACGUUUUGGUGGAAUAUACGACCCCGAGGAAAAUGAGCUCGAUGGAACCCAUGAUCAUCAUGUUCAUAGGGACGACGCUCAUUUAGACAAUGCGCACGAUCAUAUUGCACAUGUAAGCGACACGGAUAGGGAAAGCUUUGUGAACUCACCAGAGGAGGAUAUCGGAUCGGCUGUCAAAUACCCCUUGUCCACCAGUGAUACACACACAAAUCACCAUAACAGAAGAGACAAUGGAAACCUUCCAAACAUGAAUGAGGAUAUGCUCCUUAUGGGCGAUGAAGAGACCGGUGGAUAUCAUCACAGCGGGAACAAACAUAACGGGAACGGUCCCACAAACGAUCACACAGAUGAUCAUACAAACGAUCACACGCACCAUAAUACCUACGAUCAUCGAGAAUGCCAUGAGGGGGGAAACAGCGACCACCUCAACAACGUGAAUACCUCCAUAAGUAGUAGAGAUGUAAAGAAAUCACGCGGCAGAGGUUCCACGAACAACGUGCCCACAACCGCGGUUGGUAGUAACCCAUCCAAUGGUAAAAAGUUGGAGAAAAAAAAAUCGCAUGAAUUGAUCAACACCACGAAUUCAGGGCAGUUGAACAAAUUGACUGAUAUUUUAAUCGAUGCAGAAAAUAUAAACCCAGAACACUACCAAGAGCAGUGGAGUAUUUUACCUGAACAGAAUAAUGAAAAACUAUUUUUAAGAAAAAAUUAUUACAACUUAGAGUUAGAAACCAUUGACGAAUUUAUAUCAAAAUACAAUAUUGUAACACUGGCCUCCGGGGAAAUCGAUCAGUGUCUAAAGUUCUACAUGUACUCGCAAUUCUACACGAAGCAGUACAUUUUUAUUGAGAUAAUAUUCAACAAGGCGGAGAAUUCUAUCAACUGGAUACUGAAAUCCCAGUGCGACGACCCCAACAUGCUCGAUCGCUUCACCGAUUAUUUCAGGGACAUAUUCAUGGAUUUCAUGUGA